AUGACCACUGCUGCCAGGAUCUUUCCUGUGUGUCCAAACGCCCGGAGGCCCAGCUGCUCGUACGCCCGGAUCCCUGACACACAACAGUCACGUGACGCACAACAGUCACGUGACGCACAACAGUCACGUGACGCACAACACUUGGACCCCUUACGUACCCACCCCUUACGCAAUUACCGCUUACGUACCCACCCCUCACGUACCCACCCUCACGUACCCACCCUAACGUACCCACCCCUCACGUACCCACCCCUCACGUACCCACCCUCACGUACCCACCCUCACGUACCCACCCCUCACGUACCCACCCCUCACGUACCCACCCUCACGUACCCACCCCUACGUACCCACCCUCACGUACCCACCCUCACGUACCCACCCUCACGUACCCACCCCUCACGUACCCACCCUCACGUACCCACCCCUCACGUACCCACCCCUCACGUACCCACCCUCACGUACCCACCCUCACGUACCCACCCCUCACGUACCCACCCUCACGUACCCACCCCUCACGUACCCACCCCUCACGUACCCACCCCUCACGUACCCACCCCUCACGUACCCACCCUCACGUACCCACCCCUCACGUACCCACCCCUCACGUACCCACCCCUCACGUACCCACCCUCACGUACCCACCCUCACGUACCCACCCUCACGUACCCACCCUCACGUACCCACCCUCACGUACCCACCCUCACGUACCCCCCCCUCACGUACCCACCCUCACGUACCCACCCUCACGUACCCACCCUCACGUACCCACCCUCACGUACCCACCCUCACGUACCCACCCUCACGUACCCACCCUCACGUACCCACUACCCCCUCACGUACCCACCCUCACGUACCCACCCUCACGUACCCACCCUCACGUACCCACCCCUCACGUACCCACCCCUCACGUACCCCUCACGUACCCCCCUCACGUACCCACCCUCACGUACCCACCCUCACGUACCCACCCCUCACGUACCCACCCUCACGUACCCACCCUCACGUACCCACCCUCACGUACCCACCCCUCACGUACCCACCCUCACGUACCCCUCGUACCCACCCCUCACGUACCCCCCUCACGUACCCACCCUCACGUACCCACCCUCACGUACCCACACCCUCACGUACCCCCUCACGUACCCACCCACGUACCCACCCCUCACGUACCCACCCUCACGUACCCACCCUCACGUACCCACCCCUCACGUACCCACCCUCACGUACCCACCCCUCACGUACCCACCCUCACGUACCCACCCCUCACGUACCCACCCUCACGUACCCACCCUCACGUACCCUCACGUACCCACCCUCACGUACCCCCCCUCACGUACCCACCCCUCACGUACCCACCCUCACGUACCCACCCUCACGUACCCACCCUCACGUACCCCCCCUCACGUACCCACCCUCACGUACCCACCCUCACGUACCCACCCUCACGUACCCACCCUCACGUACGUACCCACCCCUCACGUACCCACCCUCACGUACCCACCCCUCACGUACCCACCCUCACGUACCCACCCUCACGUACCCCCCUCACGUACCCACCCUCACGUACCCACCCUCACGUACCCACCCCUCACGUACCCACCCUCACGUACCCACCCUCACGUACCCCCCUCACGUACCCACCCUCACGUACCCACCCCUCACGUACCCACCCCUCACGUACCCACCCUCACGUCCCCCUCACGUACCCACCCUCACGUACCCACCCUCACGUACCCACCCUCACGUACCCACCCUCACGUACCCACCCUACGUACCACCCUCACGUACCCACCCUCACGUACCCACCCUCACGUACCCCACCCCUCACGUACCCACCCUCACGUACCCACCCUCACGUACCCACCCUCACGUACCCACCCUCACGUACCCACCCUCACGUACCCACCCUCACGUACCCACCCUCACGUACCCACCCUCACGUACCCACCCUCACGUACCCACCCUCACGUACCCCACCCCCCUCACGUACCCACCCUCACGUACCCCCCUCACGUACCCACCCUCACGUACCCACCCUCACGUACCCACCCCACGUCCUACGUACCCACCCUCACGUACCCACUACCCACCCUCACGUACACCCCCCCUCACGUACCCACCCUCACGUACCACCCACGUACCCACCCUCACGUACCCACCCUCACGUACCCACCCUCACGUACCCACCCUCACGUACCCCACCCUCACGUACCACCCUCACGUACCCACCCCUCACGUACCCACCCUCACGUACCCACCCAUACCACCCUCACGUACCCACCCCUCACGUACCCACCCCUCACGUACCCACCCCUCACGUACCCCACCCUCACGUACACCCCUCACGUACCCACCCCUCACGUACCCACCCUCACGUACCCACCCCUCACGUACCCCCCCUCACGUACCCACCCUCACGUACCCACCCCUCACGUACCCACCCCUCACGUACCCACCCUCACGUACCCACCCCUCACGUACCCACCCUCACGUACCCACCCCUCACGUACCCCUACCCCUCACGUACCCACCCCUCACGUACCCACCCCUCACGUACCCACCCCUCACGUACCCACCCCUCACGUACCCACCCCUCACGUACCCACCCUCACGUACCCACCCUCACGUACCCACCCUCACGUACCCACCCCUCACGUACCCACCCUCACGUACCCCACACCCUCACGUACCCACCCCUCACGUACCCACCCUCACGUACCCACCCCUCACGUACCCACCCCUCACGUCACGUCCCCCCUCACGUACCCACCCUCACGUACCCACCCUCACGUACCCACCCUCACGUACCCACCCUCACGUACCCACCCUCACGUACCCACCCUCACGUACCCACCCCUCACGUACCCACCCUCACGUACCCACCCUCACGUACCCACCCUCACGUACCCACCCCUCACGUACCCACCCCUCACGUACCCACCCCUCACGUACCCACCCUCACGUACCCACCCUCACGUACCCACCCUCACGUACCCACCCUCACGUACCCACCCUCACGUACCCCCCCUCACGUACCCACCCCUACCCCCUCACGUACCCACCCCUCACGUACCCACCCCUCACGUACCCCCUCACCCCACCCUCACGUACCCACCCCUCACGUACCCACCCUCACGUACCCACCCCUCACGUACCCACCCCUCACGUACCCCACCCCUCACGUACCCACCCUCACGUACCCCCCCUCACGUACCCACCCUCACGUACCCACCCUCACGUACCCACCCUCACGUACCCACAACCCCUGCGCUCUUCAGCAGCAGAUGCACAGAGUAA